GAGAAAAAUAAUAAAUAAAUUAAAAAGAAAAAGGUGGUGAGAGAAAAAGUAAGGAGAGAGAGAGAGUGCAUCUUCCAGCUCACCAACAGAACAGAACAGCCUUCAGCCCUUCACUUCACUCACAAAUUCGUUCUUUUCCCCAACACACACACACACACACACUCUCUCUCUCUCUCUCUCACUCACCCUAACCUUAGCUCACUUCUUUCAUUUCUUGAUUUCCCCUUUUCCUCAUCGUAUCAUAUGUGAUAUCGUAUCCAAUCGAUUAAUUAAUUAAUUCCUUCCACGCCAUGAUUCCAUUAAUCCCAUCCUUCUUCUGAUCCCUUCCCCAAAUCGGCGGUUUCAAUCUUCCCCGCACAGAUCGCCGCAAAUGCACGCCUCUAAGCCACCGCGGCACCACCAUCACCACCACCGCCGCCGCCGCUGGUGCUGCUCCUUCACGACGCCGCCUCUCAGCCCGGACAAUGCCAACUCCGUCCGCUCCUACGCCUCCUCCUCCUGCAAUAAAAAAACCAUUCCGGCGGCGUCUCCUCAAACACAACACCAAAAACUCGCCCUAGCCCGCCGGAUCCUCUCUCCGGGUCGGGUCUCCCCAAUCACCGACCACCAAUUGAUCCCCUCCGCCGCUCCUCUCGCCGAAACGCUCCCAAAGUCCGCCGCCGCCGCCGAUUCGGAAAUCGCCGCCGGAGAUAGUUCCAAUUUGGGGAUUUACGACGUGAGGCUGAGUCUGAAGGGGAAAAAUGGCGGAUCCUUGGUCCUGGAGCUUGGUUCGGAGGUAUUGACCGCGAAUAGCCCUGUCUUCGCGAAUUUGAUCUCUGAUUAUCGCAGGAAUCUGAGCGGCGGCAGCUUGUGUCGGAUUGAAGUUCCUUACGUCGAGAACUUGAAUGUUUUCCGCGAGACGAUUGAGCUCAUGUUCGAGGAGGAUAUUCAGCCCAAGCUUCUCCAAAUUGGGGUUUUCCGAGCUAUCGACAUUCUUGAGGUGUCGGCUGGGAUCAAGUUUGAAAGAGGCAUCUCGUCGUGUUUAAAGUAUCUUGAGGCAGUGCCGUGGACCGAAGAAGAAGAGGAGAAACUGAGCGAAUUGUUCGGGAAACUCAAUAUCGACGAGUAUCAAGCGACGAACAACAUCUUGGACAGAUUUAGCAGUCCUAAUUCCGUCGAUUCCCAAAGAUUGCUUACCAAGCAGCUAAUUUGUUCCAUCACGACUUGCACUGACGCCACGGCUAGGAAUGAACUCAAGUCUUUGGUUAAAGACCUUCUAUGCAAAAGCUCGGUAUACGAAAAGGACUGCCCGGAGCUCAACAAGGACGAUAUAUACGCCGUUUGCAAGUCAUGUCUCAGCAUCCUCAGCCAUCUAUUAGAAAAGGCGUGCGGUAUUGACGCCGGGCGAACAUCCAAUUCGACGAACGAUAAACCCGCGCUGGAAUGCAUCUCGAAACAGGUCGACAACUUGAAUUGGCUACUGGAUAUCUUGCUUGAUCACCAGAUGGCGGGCGAGUUUGCAGAUCUGUGGGCGAAUCAAGACGAACUGAUCAAAAUGCAUGAAGACGCAUCGCCAAUGGUUAGGUACGAGCUUAGCCGUGUCUCGGCAAUGCUGUUUAUUGCAGUGGGCACUCGGAAACUCCACUGCCCGUCAGAGAUGAGGCUGCGGCUUCUCCAGGCUUGGUUCAAGCCGAUGCUGUCAGACUUCGGGUGGUUGCAGAGGUGCAAAAAGGGGCUCGACAUACGGGCGUUGGAGGAGGCCAUGGGACAAGCGCUGCUUACGCUUCCGUUAAAGGAGCAAUACUCGUUGUUCAUGGAUUGGUUCUAUUGUUUCUCUAAAGGCGGAACCGAAUGUCCGAACCUCAGCAAGGCGUUCCAAAUAUGGUGGCGCAGAUCGUUUCUGAGGGGUUCGGAAACUUUCGCAAUCGAAUCCAGGUGAGACACGGCUCGGCUCGACCUUUUCUCAUCUCGUGUUUUCUGUGCUUGAGCCCAUUUGUUCGACGGGCUCGCCGUGACGAUCGAAUAACGUAGAUUAAGUAAUGUAAAAUUUUGUGUUUUUUUUAGGGUGUUUGGGGUUCCACUGCUUGUGCAAUUGGUAAUGUAGUGUGGAUCUUAGGCUAUUCUGUGGUGUUCAUGUUUAUGCAUUCGAAAAAUUGAAUCUUUGUGUGUUUCUGAUAGUCUGGGUUUUGUGUUCUACGUUUGAUGUUAUUCUGUGUGUUGUGUGUGUUUUGAUUUCUUCGUUUACUUAA